CUCUCAACAGGCCCUCUAUUAUGCCGAUUGUCCAGCCACUCCAUGCUAACCUCGCUGGCGUUCCCCCCGUGUGGGUUGAGCGUCUCCCUCCCACUGUAGACGAUCUCGUAAACGCGCAGGAUCACCGCCGACACGUUUACGCGGAUUUCAUAGGCGACAUCGAGGGUGUCACAAGGGGGGAUGUUGAGAUGGCAGAGGUGUAUGCAACGGCCGUACCCAUGGCGUACGCAAACUCCCAUCACAGGGCAUCGCUGGGGUCGGUGGACAGCCAAGCGAGGGACGACAUUGCUGUCUUGCGUGAAGACAAGAUCAGUGUCGGGGAUCUUGGCAACGCCUUGGGCGUUGCUUUUCACAACCCCGCCAUCGCGGAACAACUUCAAGGCGCAUGGAAUGAAGGCAUUGAUGCCGCCAUUGCCAGGCAGAUCAUGCCGCUGGUUCAACAGGCCGUUGAGAAUGCCCUCGCCCCAGUGAAGCUCGUCCUGAACAACCUUUAUUGGGAGGUUCAGGAUUUUUCUGGGCAAGUCAACGCACGACUAGACAGACUCGAUCAACGGGUAGAUGAGCUCGGUCGACGGGUGGACUGCCUGUCAUUGCAGGCAGCCCAGGACUCGAUCAUCCUUGCCAAGAUGUUUAACAGGAAGAUGCGCCAUGAACCACGUUUUAUGCUCGUCCGCACCGCAUUUCCCCCUUACCGGCACCUGACCGAGCUGGAACCUCCUCUGCCGCCGGUAACAAGUAUUGCCGACGUCCGAGGCUUUGACGCCGCGAUACUGCGCGCAAUCCACGAGGCCUACUAUCCCAACACGCCAGUUCCUCGUGAUCAUCUAUCAAGGCGACGGAAUAUCCUCCGGGCUGUAGGUUGCCAUGCACCGCUUACACGUCCAUGA